AUGGCCGAAGAACAGGCUCCCUAUUUGAUUAUUCCCCAGAUUCCCUCUCUUGACAACACGUUCGGAGCGAUUGUGAUUGGAACAUACGUCGGGCUUAUUUUAUAUGGCGUCACAAUACAUCAAGCCUACCGCUAUUCCCGCCUGUAUCCUAAUGAUUCCUGGUGGUUGAAGGGUUUGGUGCGUGACUUGAUAAUCGACUUCGUCUCGCAUAUCACUGACGUCUCGGUGGAGGUGGUCGUUGUCUUGGUUUUGGAAAGUCUCACUAGUGUUCUGGGCAUGCACGGAUGCUACUACCACCUCGUAACGAACUACUUUCAACCAGAGAAGCUCGGACAUCCAGUAUGGUCCAUCAAUCUGUCCCCGACGAUCUCGGGACUUUCUGUAAUCACCGCUCAAAGCUUCUUUAUUCGUAGGGUGUGGGUAAUCGGCGCACGUUUCAGACCCGUGGUUAUCUUCUCGGUGUCUCAGCAGCUACGACAGCACAGGGAUUCAUUGCAGACGGAAUCCAGGGAGUACCUCUUGUAUCGUUCCGCGCUUGCCCUUGUAUCUGACCUGCUCCUUGCUUCGGUCCUCAUCCAUGUACUGCAUCGUAGUCGGACUGGGUUCAAGAGGACGGACUCUAUGAUCGAUCUCAUGAUCAUGUACUCAGUCAGCACUGGCUUAAUCACUGGGAUUGUGGAUAUACUGGCAGCCGGACUCGCGUUCGCUUUUCCUGAACAACUAUUAUACAUCCCACUCAGUGUCGCGGGUACCAAACUGUACGCCAACGCCGUCCUCGCAGCGCUGAAUUCACGACACUAUAUCGCAUUGCGCGGAGGCUCUAACGAAGUCUCCAACGAAGUUUCCGCUUUCGGAUUUGCUCCGCCCCCUGCGGGAAGCGUCAGCGACAUAUAUACGCCGCAGCUCCAACGCUCGAUGCGCGCGACCAACGCCACGGAUAUAUCACCCGCGGUGAUCGAGCUGAGGGUGGCGACACAAACUGCGUCUACCCGGAACAAGAAUGCCUCCGCUAGUGCGGAAGACCUUGCUAGCGCUGACGGCGUGUACGCGGCGGCGGAGAAGGAGGUUGCGUAG